GAGAGGAGCCGCAGCCCAGCCCUCCAUCCAGCACUCGAGCGAGAGAGCGCGAGGGAGGGGAGGGGAGGGGAGGGGGGUGCGCGCGCCGUUGCGCUCCUUCCACUCCGGGCUGUCAGAGCGCGUGUGCCAGGAAAGCACAGGGAGGAGGUCCUCCUGGGGAUAUCCGUGAUCCCCGCGACUCCUGGACACCCGCACGGCCACCUGACACUCACUGGACUCGGGACUCGUACUCUGGACUCUGCGCCAUGCAUCCUGCACACUGGGGGAUGUGGACUCCGGGCUCUAGACUCUGGACACUGGAAUCUGGACUCUAGAUUCUGGACUCUUGUACCCCAGACCACUAGAAUCUAUACUUUUGGACUGCAGACCCUGGACACUGGGCACCGGACUCCGAGCCUUGGACUGUCUUCUCUGCACUUCGGACUCAGGACCGUGGUGGACUCUGAGCAGGAGUUCCCGCACGAUGGAGGUCCCGCGCGCGCGCGCAUGACCCGCAGGGGGGCCACGGAAGACCCCCGGGGGACGAGCCGCUCCGCGAUGAAGUUCGGCAAGAGCGUGUGCAUCCUGAACGUGGGCGGCACGCGCUACGCGUUCCCGCGCGACGCCAUCAAGGACUUUCCGCUGCGUCGCGUGAGCCGCCUGCACGGCUGCUCCUCGGAGAAGGAGGUGCUCGAGGUGUGCGACGACUACGACCGCGAGCGCAACGAGUUCUUCUUCGACCGGCACUCGGAGGCCUUCGUCUUCAUCAUGCUCUACGUGAAGUCGGGCAAGCUGCGCUUCGUGCCGCGCAUGUGCGAGCUCUCCUUCUACAACGAGAUGGUCUACUGGGGGCUCGAGAGCUCGCACCUGGAGUUCUGCUGCCAGCGGCGGCUCGACGACCGGAUGUCCGACUCCUACACGUGCUUCUCCGAGGAGGAUCUCAGGGGCGACGAGGAGGCGCGCGGCGGCAGCAGCAGCGCCACGUGGCUCGAGAGGAUGCGCAGGACCUUCGAGGAGCCCACGUCGUCCGUGGCCGCGCAGAUCCUGGCCUCCGUGUCCGUGGUCUUUGUCAUCGUGUCCAUGGUGGUCUUGUGCGCCAGCACCCUCCCCGACUGGGAGACGGCCAAAAACAGGAGCUCGGAGGAGCACAGGGUCAUCGAGGCGGUGUGCAUCGGCUGGUUCACUGCGGAGUGCAUCGUGCGCUUCCUCGUGUCCAAGGACAAGUGCGAGUUUCUGCGGCGACCGCUCAACGUCAUCGACCUGCUGGCCAUCGCGCCCUACUACGCCUCGGCGUUGGCUUCCGCCGUCACGGGCGAGAGCCCCCAGCUGCAGCGGGCGGGCGUCACGUUGCGCGCCCUCCGUAUGAUGCGCAUCUUCUGGCUCAUCAAGCUGGCGCGCCACUUCCUGGGCCUGCAGUCGCUGGGUCUGACGCUGCGUCGCUGCUACCGCGAGAUGGUGAUGCUGCUGGUGUUCGUGGGCGUGGCCAUGGCCAUCUUCGGCGCCCUAGCUCAGCUCCUUGAGCAUGGCCUGGACCUGGAGACCAGAAACGAUGACUACGCCAGCAUCCCGGCCGCCUGCUGGUGGGUUAUUAUCUCCAUGACCACGGUGGGCUAUGGAGACAUGUACCCCAUCACCAUGCCCGGCCGCGUGCUGGGGGGGCUCUGUGUGGUGAGCGGCAUCGUUCUCCUGGCACUGCCCAUCACGUUCAUCUACCACAGCUUCGUGCAGUGCUACCACGAGCUCCGCCUCCGUACCGCCCGCUACCACCGCAGCCUGUCCACAGAAUUCCUCAACUGACUCCUCCACUCACCCUGAGACCUUCUGGCCUUCCAGUUGUCUCCCAGGCUCUUGAAGUGCAUUGCGUUCAUUUUCCUCUGCAUCCGGAGCCUUGCUCAUGUUGCUCCGCAUCAAUUCCCUUUAAAACUCAGAUUUAAACAUGCAAUUGAUGCAGUAUUUUGUUUAUGUAGUUCACCACCCCCCACCUUUUGACCCUGGACUCUGACAUGAAGAGAUAUUUCGGGUUGGAAAGGCGGGGUGUGUCAAUAAUGAUGAGAAUACCUAAACACCUAUCUUUGUUCCAAUAGAUACAGUGACCAAAGUGCAUCUUGACAUGAGAAUCCAAGUAAAUGUUACAACCUAUUGAUACCCCCACCUGCGCUGAGAAAAGCAAGGUAAAUUGUACUUGAUGUUCCAUCCUGGCCUGGAGAAAGGACACAGAAUCCAAUUCGGAAGGGAUGAUUAUGUCGAGCUGCUCACUUGUAGCCCGAGGUGCACUUUGCUGCAACAAGCUUAUCCCUAUUAGUGUGUUUAUGUUCACCUUAUAUCACAUGGAGUGUCCCUUCAGGAGCCUUUAUGGUCAUCUCUUGCGUUGGGAGAUGUACAUGUAGGAUGCAAUGCAGAAAACAGAAGGAAGCAGUGGAGGGGAGGACGGGGGGACGGUGUGUAGGAGGUCUGCUUUGCUGAACACCAGGUGCUGCAGAGUGGCAGGGCUGUCGUGGGGAAGCUGGUGUUUUGGUUAAUGCUGCAAGUUCACGGACUGAGAGCUUGAUUUUCAGCGAGACUCUCAUCCAUCGGGGCACUGUGAGUAAGAGCCACGCCGAAGAUCUUGCUCUCUUUUUCUUUCCAGCAUCGGCCAACCCACCCCCUUUCCUGCGACUCCCCAUCACCACGCUGUUGGUGGCCAGUGAGAAGCAUUUAAC